AUGGAUAAAGGUUACGAGAUCUACGCUGACAUAUUCGGUGCAUCAAGACUACCUGAUUCAAUACCACCAAUAUCCAAUAAUCAUAACAAUGCUGAUGAUGAUGACGUACCUGAUAAAAUUGAAGAUAUACCAAAUUUAUCCUAUCUGAUAACGGGCGACAUCACAAAGGAUCUCUACACUAAAUUGAACUUGAAUGAUGCCACGGCAAAUAUAAAAAGAGUAUCAGAUUCACAAACUUUAUCCUCUAGUUCAAAUGAUAAUUCUCCUAUUACUAGCCCUAGAAAGAGUAACCCCAGUUCCACUUCCACAGAGGAAAAACAUGUCCAUCAUUAUUCUACCAAGAAUAUUCCAUCGUCAUCAAAGAGUGUGGAACCAUUUAUAGCGUCUCCCUCUGCCCUUCCAUCUACUUCAACCUCAACGGCGGCCACCUCUCAUCAAAACUUGAAAAAUAGUUUCGUACCAAAGAGGAAACCCUCACUACCACAAUUAGCCAUGGCAACAUUGAAGAAAGGCGCCAAUGCAAGUCCCACAACAACUCCUACUCAUUCAAGAGGUAAAUCUCCCUUACAAAGUUUUGGGUUUUUUUCAAGACCAAGUUCCAAGGAUUUAAAUGAUCAUAAUCCACAACAAUCUCCAAAGGCGAAUAAUAAUAACAAUAACGCAGCAAGAAGAAAUUCAAACUCUUCAAGAUCAAUGUCCAUAAAUUCACAUUCUUUUAAAAAUAUCGCAUCUUCUUUCCAAAAUAGAUCAUCAAGUAAUAAUAGCAUUAAUAACAAUUACAAUAACGAAUAUCAUUUGAAUAACGCCACUAUUAACGAAGAUUAUGAUAAUUAUUCAACAACUUCUUCAUCUGUACUGGGAUUAGGAUUGAAAUCAAAAAUGUCCUCCACAUCAUUAUCUUCCAAAAGAUACGCCUCCGCAUCGGGAACUUCUUUGUCACAUCAUCAUUUCCAACAACAACAACCCCAGCAGCAACAACUCCAGCAGCAGCAGCAACAACAUCCACAUCAUCAUAAUCAUCACUAUCGUCGUGCAAGUGCAACACCAACAAUGACAUCUUCCGUGGCAUCUAUCAAUAAUAAGCCAAUAUUAAGCGCGCCCUCAAAGAAACCAAAAGUUUAUCCUGCAUUACUAUCGAGGGUCUCCAAGAAAUUUAAAGAAUAUAUUCAAUUAGGUGAAUACAAGAAGGAUGGUCUUUUGUAUAGAAAUGCAUUCACGGGACAACAUGCCGUGGAUAUCAUAUGUUCUAUAAUAAGAUCAUCAGACAGAAAUUUGGCAUUAUUAUUAGGUAGAUCCAUGGAUGCCCAAAAAUUAUUUCAUGACGUGGUCUAUGAACAUAGAUUAAGAGAUUCACCAUAUGAAAUUUAUGAAUUUACUGAUAAUUCCAGGUUUGUAGGAUCAGGUACAACAAACGCUCAUGACCCACUAAUGUUAUUAUCCUCAUCAUCUACUACAACGGCAAAUAAUAAUAAUAACAAGAUGCCUCCUUCUACAUCAGCCUCUUCCAUAAAUAGUGGACCAGGGCCUAGUUUUUCAGCAUCGAUGACCCCAUUAAAUACAGAUAUGAAAAUGUCCAUGUCUUCUUUAUCUACUACGACAGCGAAUACACCAACUACAACAACAGCAACAAAUAUAAACAUUAAUGGGGUCUUCACUCUAUUGGCAGAUUGUUAUUCCCCCACUUGUACCAGAGACAGGUUAUGUUAUUCCAUCUCAUGUCCACGUCGUCUGGAACAACAGGCUAGAUUAAAUUUGAAACCAAAGGGUGGAUUGAAACGUAACAUAUCCAUGGCUUUAGAUGAUGACGAGGAUGAAAAUCCAUCCUGGACGUCAUCAGUCUCAAAGGAAACAUGGGAAUCAUUACCGAAGAAGGAGAUUAAGAGACAAGAAGCCAUUUAUGAAGUAUUUAUCACAGAGAAAAAAUUUGUUAAAUCUUUAGAAGUUACAAGAGAUACAUUUAUGAAAACUUUAUCAGAAACAAGUAUUAUUCCAGCUGACAUAAGGAAAAAUUUCAUAAAGCAUGUCUUUGCUCACAUCAAUGAUAUUUACUCAGUGAACAGAAGAUUUUUAGAAGCAUUGACAGAUAGACAAAAAUCAAGCCCUGUAGUAAGAGGAAUAGGUGAUAUCAUUCUUAGAUUUAUACCGUUUUUUGAACCAUUUGUGGCAUAUGUGGCAUCAAGACCAUACGCUAAGUACUUAAUUGAAACGCAGAGAUCUGUAAACCCCUAUUUUGCCAGAUUUGAUGAAGACAUGAUGAACUCUACAUUAAGACAUGGGAUUGACUCAUUCUUAUCACAAGGUGUCUCUAGACCAGGUCGUUAUAUGUUACUAGUAAGAGAAAUUAUGAAAUCAUGUGAUCCAGAAAAGGAUAAGAGAGAUUUAGAAAGUUUAAGUAAAGCUAUGGAUGCAUUGAGAGAUUUUAUGAAAAGAAUUGAUAAGGCAAGUGGUGCUGCACAGGAUAGACAUGAUGUCAAGUUAUUAAAACAGAAAAUUCUAUUUAAGAAUGAAUAUGUUAAUAUGGGGUUAAAUGAUGAAAAGAGAAAGAUUAAGCACGAGGGAAUUCUUUCUAGAAAAGAAUUAAGUAAAGCUGACAGUACUAUGGGUGGUGAUAUUCAAUUUUAUCUGCUAGAUAAUAUGUUGCUAUUCUUAAAGGCUAAAGCUGUCAAUAAAUGGCAUCAACAUAAAGUCUUUCAGAGACCAAUACCCUUACCACUCUUAUUUGCAUGUCCAGGUGAAGAUAUGCCAGCAUUAAGAAAAUAUAUUGGUAACUCAGCUGAUUCUUCUGGGACUGUUAUUCAACCAGAAUUUAACACAACAAAUCCAAAAAAUGCGAUCACAUUCUUAUAUUUUGGAGCAAAACAUAGAUAUCAAGUCACUUUGUAUGCAGCACAAUAUGCUGGUUUACAAACUUUGUUAGAGAAGAUUAAGCAAGAACAGGCACGUAUUAUUAGUGAAACUUCAUUAAUUAACGUGUCCAAGAUUAGUGAUAAAUUCUUUGAUUAUACCAACAAAAUUAAUAGUGUUACUUCAUGUGAUGGUGGACGUAAAUUAUUGAUUGCCACCAAUUCAGGCCUAUACACAAGUAAUAUUAAGAGGCAACCAAGUAAAGAUGGACAAAAGGCAACUAUUUUAUUCUCUACACCGGUUCAGUUAAUUCAAAGAAAUAACAUUACACAAGUUGCUGUCUUGGAAGAGUUCCAAUCGAUCUUAUUGCUGGUUGAUAAGAAAUUAUACAGUUGUCCAUUUACACUAUUGCAGGUUGAAGGAUCAGGUGGAACAUCAUUCUUCAAAAAGCAUUCUAAAGAAUUGAUUAACCACGUUAAUUUCUUUUCUGAAGGUGAUUGUAAUGGUAAGAGAUUGAUCGUUACGGCCCAUAGCUCGUCGCAUUCUAUUAAAUUUUUCGAACAUGAACAUCCUCUCCUUUCCAAGAAUGGGACCAAUACAAGUAAUAGUAAGAAACAUCUAAAGAAGAAGAUAACAGAAGUGGUCUUUGAUUCAGAACCAGUAUCAAUAUCAUUCUUGAAGGCGAACUUAUGUGUGGGUUGUAAAAAGGGUUUCCAAAUUGUUAGCGUAUCUCAAAAUGCACAUGAAUCAUUAUUAGAUCCAGCCGAUACUUCACUUGAAUUUGCUCUCAGAGAUACCUUGAAACCAAUGGCAAUUUAUAGAGUUGGGAAUAUGUUCUUAUUAUGUUACACUGAAUUUGCAUUCUUUGUCAAUAAUCAAGGUUGGCGUAAGAAGGAAUCUCAUAUUAUACAUUGGGAAGGUGAACCUCAAAAAUUUGCCAUUUGGUAUCCUUACAUUUUGGCAUUUGAUAGUUCAUUUAUUGAAAUUAGAAAGAUUGAUACCGGGGAAUUGGUUCGCUGUAUUUUGGGUGAUAAGAUUAGACUUUUACAAAGUAACACACAAGAGAUACUUUAUGCAUAUGAGGAUUACCGCGGUUUUGAUACUGUGGCAACUCUAGAUUUCUGGGGUUGA